CUGCACGAAUGGACAGCCUCUGGAGAACUAGAAAAACAUACCGCUCCCACCUAUCGUGUUCUUGGCCUCUCGGUGCUGCUCUCCGCCUGCUCUUGCCGACUGCCACUCUCUACUGUCGCACCUGCACGCCUCCUCUCGCUUCUGUGACAUCCUCGCCUUCACAAGCUCGAAAAUAACAACAACCAUAGCUCUCGACACUCGUCGUACGCGAACUGCAACUUCCACCCCGGAAUCCAGAGCCAUUACGUCAGAGCCUUCGCCAUGGGCCAGGGUUCCAGCCAGCCGUCCGGCUUGCAGAGCUGCCUCAACGCUGUCUGCAAUGGCCGCGCCGACUGCGUUGCGUACCCGGACACGUUCCUCUACCAAGUCAAUUGGGUCGACCGCUACAACCUGGCCAUCCCCGUUGAGCCCAUUGCCGUCACGCGACCGCAGAACGCGCAGGACGUGUCGGGUUUUGUCAAGUGCGCAGCCCAGAACAACGUCAAGGUGCAGGCAAAGUCUGGGGGCCACUCUUAUGCGAACUAUGGUGUCGGAGGCGAGAAUGGCGCCCUGGCAAUCGACCUGCGCAACAUGCAGGACUUCAAGAUGGACACAAACACCUGGCAAGCCACCAUCGGGCCUGGCCACAAGCUUGACGACCUCGACACCAAGCUGCACGACAACGGCAAGCGUGCCAUCUCACACGGCACGUGUCCCAGCGUUGGUCUUGGCGGGCAUGCCACUAUUGGCGGCCUAGGACCUUCAUCCCGCAUGUGGGGUUCUUGCCUCGACCACGUCCUCGAGGUUGAGGUUGUCACUGCUGAUGGCACCAUCCAGCGUGCAAACAAGGACCAAAACUCUGAUCUUUUCUUUGCCAUCAAAGGUGCUGGUGCUAGCUUUGGCAUCGUCACAGAGUUUGUCAUGCGGACACAGCCCGAACCCGGCAGUGUAGUCUCUUAUACGUAUUCGCUCACGUUCUCCAAGGCCCGCGACCUGGCUCCUGUCUUCAAGCAAUGGCAAGACCUGGUGUCCGACCCCAACCUCGACCGCCGCUUCAGCACAGAAUUCAUCAUGCACGAGCUGGGAGUGCUCAUUUCGGCCACCUUCUUCGGCACGCAGGAGGAGUACGACGCUACGGGAAUCCCCAAGAAGAUCCCUGCCGGCAGUGUCUCUGUUGUGAUCGACGACUGGAUGGCCAUUCUCGCCAAGGACGCUGAGCACGCCGCUCUGUGGCUUUCCGAGGCUAGCACGCCGUUCACCGCGCGAAGCCUCGCAUUCAAGCAGGACGAGAUGCUCACUGAGGAGACCAUCACGAACUUGAUGAACUACAUUGACGGUGCCGACCGCGGUACGCUGAUCUGGUUCCUGAUCUUCGACUCCACCGGCGGUGCCAUCUCAGAUGUGGCUACCGACGCGACAGCCUACGCGCACCGCGACAAGAUCAUGUUCUGCCAGGGUUACGGCAUCGGCAUCCCGGUCCUACAGCAGAGCACCAAGGACUUUGUCAGCGGCAUCGUGACGCACAUCCAGAACGCCACCGCCGAUACACUGAUGACUUACCCGGGCUACGUCGAUCCUCUCAUCCAGGAUCCCCAGAGUUCAUACUGGGGUUCCAAUCUCCAGCGGCUUGGUGGCAUCAAGGCCAAGUGGGAUCCCAACGAUUUAUUCCACAACCCACAGAGCGUGCGGCCCAACACGGCGGCCUCGCCUGGGCCCGUCCAGACAGGCACCCUGGGGUCUGGGGCAACGAGGCGGAUCAAGAAGUGGUCGCUGUGGUAGAAGCCAUUCGUGCUUCUUCUUCUUUCAGUCCACGAUUGCAUGAUCAGGAAGAGCCUUUGCUAUGAAAGUCCUCGCGGACGGUAUGAUAUUGAUGAAUGAGAUGCGCUUGUUUUUAUUGUCUGAACGCACGCUUGGAGCAAGCACCGCAAUUAUAUCCGCUAGAUAACAUAGUCUCGAUACUAAUAUUGACAUGAGCUGGUCUUUUGUCAUAC